AUGGAUGAUAAUAUCUCACCAGUAGAUAAAUUUAAAAUUGCAUUGGAUCUAAUUACCCGAGUCCCCGAAUAUAGUGGGAAUAGGGAACAGCUAAUAGAGUUCAUUGAAAGGGUGGACAAUUUGAUUCCGUUAUUAAAUUCUUUUCCAGCUGAAUCUUUAUUAAUUUUGAAAGGUUAUCUUAGGGACAGGAUCACUGGUAAAGCCAGAGAAGCUUUCCAAAAAAGAGGUAGAAUAACUGAGUGGAAUGAUUUGAGAACAAUUCUUAUUGAGGAGUUCGGUGAAAGGGUUAGUAGUGGAGUUUUGAUAGAUAAAAUGCGUUCAGCUAGAGUGAAGACAACAAUCGAAAGUUAUUACAACGAAAUAAAUAAUUAUCUAUGUAGGAUCAAUAAUGUUAAUUUGCUUCAAAAUAAUAAUGAUCAACAAAUUAUAGCCUCAAAUAACCGCAUUGCUUUGGAAGCAUUCAAACAUAGUUUGCCCGAACCCACAAAAACAAUAAUAUUGAGUAGAAAUCCUAAGUCACUUCGAGAUGCAUACAAAAUAAUAUUAGAAACUAACCAUCAAGACUAUGGUAACAUGCAAACAGAUAGAUUUUCAUUACUCUCAAGUUCAAACAAAAGACAGCCAGGAAGUCACUUCGCGAAAGGUUAUCCUAGACAAGAACCGGAUCAAGGUACAAGAAACUAUGGUAGUUCAAAUCGAAACCAAAAUUUAGAACAGUUUCAUAGCCAAAAUACCGGAUAUAACAAUUCGUCUCCAAACGUCAAUUCUGGUCGAUUAAAUCGAAAUGUUCCCAGUGAAUCUCAAAAUAAUUUCAACAGGCAAUUAAGUAGUAAUAGUAAUAGUAAUAGGCAACAGCAAGGUAGUUCUAGACAAUUUCAAAACAAUAACAAUUAUAAUUCGAGAUCUAACCAAUCGAGACAAUUAUCGAAUAAUAGAUCUCUUAAUAAUGAUACAAAUCAGAGUAGUUCAUUCCCGAAUAGGAAUCAACCUUCGGAUGGUCAAGAACCAAUGGACGUUAACAACAUAGAAAAAGAUUGUCAAAGUGAAGAAAAUUUUCUUGUAGAAGCCUCGGAAAAUUUCCAUCUCCAAUAA